CAAUAUGAACUUCAAGGUUUGUAUAAUGGCGUCCACGAUUGUUCUUAUUCUCUCCGCCCUUCUUUCGCUUUUCAACAUUAAUUCAUAUAGCUAUGAGAAUCUCGCCGCCGGCAAAGAAAUCCUUCCGAUCGAAGGUGCGUCCGGCCCGGAAAGUCUAGCAUUUGAUCCCGCCGGCGGCGGACCUUACGCCGGCGUAUCGGACGGACGGAUCAUCAAAUGGAUACCAAAUCAACAGCGUUGGAUUGAUUUCGCCGUCACGUCUACUCAGAGAGAGGGAUGUGAAGGCUCUCAUGAUCAUGUGGAUAAAGAAAAUGUAUGUGGACGGCCAUUGGGCCUAUGUUUUAAUGAAAGAACGGGAGAUCUUUUUAUUGCUGAUGCUUAUAUGGGCCUGGUUGUUGUGGGCCCUAAUGGUGGAUUGGCCUCCAAAAUAGUUUACGGAAAAGCCCAAGGUAGUAACGGUUUCCGUUUCGCUAACGGCGUUGACAUUGAUCAGAACACACAGGUUGUUUAUUUUAGCCAGAGCAGUUCACGUUAUCCGAGGAGGAAUUACAUCCCGUCCAUAGUGAGUGGCGACAAUACCGGAUCUCUAAUGAAAUACGACCCAAAAACCAAACAAGUUUCAGUCCUCCUCUCAAAUCUCUCAUUCCCAAACGGGGUCGCCUUAAGUGAGCAUGGCGACUUCGUCUUGGUCUCAGAAUCGACCACCGGUAAGAUCCUAAGACUCUGGCUUCGGACACCGAAGUCCGGCACGGUGGACGUGUUCGCCGAGUUUCGUGGGUUUCCAGACAAUAUAAAAAGAAGAGCAAAAGAGAAGGGUGGAGGAUUUUGGGUGGGUAUUCACGGUAGGAGAACAUGGGUUUUGAAAUGGAUUCUAUCUCAUCCAUGGAUAGGGAAAACUAUAGCAAUGCUUCCUGUUGAUAGUACGAGGAUUUACUCAUAUGUUUCUUCAUGGAGAAGUGUUGGGUUGGGAAUUAGGGUAAGUGAGAAUGGGGAGAUAUUGGAGGAAUGGGAAGAUAAAGGGUUGAAGUUUGUGAGUGAAGUAAUGGAAGAGACAAAUGAUGAUGGACAUGGGGUAUUGUUUUUUGGGUCUAUUAAGAUGUCCUUUGUUGCUAUACAAAAAAGACUUCAUGAGUAA